CCCUGGGGGACGGCACAGUGGGGGCCCCGAGCCCCCCGCAGCCCUGCGGAGCGGGCGGAGCCGGGCAGAAGGCAAACAUGUGCCGGGGUCUGGGAUAUGCAAGGUGCAGACCUCGCGCUCCCACGGGCUCCGCCUUCUCUCAUAGGGUGAUUUGGGUGAGGAAGGUGGUGACAUCUUCGUCUUCUCACUCGGCCACCCAGGCGGGGGUGCAGUGGUGCAGUCACAGCCCACUGUGCCCUGAGCUCCUGGCUCAAGCCGUCCUCCCGCCUCGGCCUCCCAAGUGCUGGGACUGCAGGCGUGAGCCGCACGCCCGGCCUCACUGAGGGUUUUUGUGUGGGGCCACGGCCGGGUGGGCGAGGCUGGCAGACUGCAGGUGAGGGCCCAGACUCCCGGCCCACAGUGGCUGGGUGGAGGCUUCCAGAACCACCCCACCCUCCUUCCCCGGGGGAGCUGCCCGCACUCUGCAGCAGCAGGCAGCCCUGCCCGGCCGCGGCCCUUUCCCAGUAGAGGCAUCGGGCCCGUCUCGGGGAAGCGCAGAGUCAUGCUGCGGGAGGGGCUGUGGUCACUGCACUGCGCGGCCUGCAGCCCCGCGUUUCCGAGUAGCUGAACUAAUGCUGCCCGCUAAUGGCGCUUUUCAGCCCAAAGAGCCAGAAAGACAGACAGUGGGCGAGGGCCUCCCCCGGCACGUGGCCCGCUGCGGGGUCCCAGCCCACAGAGGUGGGAAAAUUAACUGAGGAUUGUCUUUCGGGAGAAGAACCAGCUAAGGUAAGUCGGGACCCUCCCAGCACACAACGCAGCACAUAGCACAGUGGCCGGGGCUUGGGGGCACCGUACCCGGCCGGCAUCCUGUAUUUUCUGUAUUUUCUGUUUCAUAGUUUAAUUGGUGGAGUUUUUUCUGUUUCUCUGAGAUACAUGAAAUCAGGGGCAUCUCACAACCAGGAGCCCCUUAGGCCAGCGAGGUGUGGACUGUCUCACGAGGCCCUUCCCAGGAGCACAGCGUGGAGUGUCCCCUGUGGCUCACAGCACUCGCACGACGUCAGACAGGGAGCCUCAGAGGCAGCCGUGGCCUCCCGAAGAGCGGCGAGAUGAGCAGCGGAAGGACACCCAUCGACGCGCGAGCCCUGACGAAGAAGCUCGACAGGACGGCCUGCGACCCGGCCGCCCGCGCCAUCCUGGGCAGUCUGCUGCUCUACGUCUCCGGCCGGGAGGACGGGCCGCCCACCGGGGUCCGCAGGCCGAGCCGCCAGCCCGAGUCCCAGGAGGCCGCCCGGCGGCCCACGCGCUUCCAGCUCCUGCAGGCCAAGUUCCUGGGCUCCGGCCGCGAGCCCCACCUCAAGAGGACCCGGGAGGUGGGCAGGCUGAUCCCCAGGGACAGACACGGGCCCGGCCGCGGCCUGGUGAGCACCACCAUCAGCAAGCUCUUGGACAAGACCAAGGAGAGGGCUGGCGACCCGGGCGAGAAGCCCCGCUGCAGCCCCCCCACCGGCAAAAGCACCGUGAAAAGCAUCCUGAAGAAGUUCUUGGCCGCGGAGGAGAAGGAAGCGCAGGAGACGGCAGCCCGCGAGAGGCCCCCGGCGGAGCGGCCCAGAGCCCCCACGGGCCUCCUGCCGAAGGUCGUGGGCAAGAGCUCGGUGCUGUCCAAGCUGCGCGAGAAGUUCGAGCAGAGCGCCUGCCUCUGCUCCGAGGCCGGCCUGCUGCCGCUGCGCAGGGAGGAGCGGAAGAAGAGGAACCUGCAGAGGAAGAAGAUGCACAGGCCGGAGGUGCGGGUGCUGCACACGGCCACCAUGGCCAGCACCUGCGUCAGGACGCCCCCCGCCCGCUUCCUGGCCUGCACCGCGGAGCCCCUGCCAGCCCUCAGCGUGGCCACCGUCGUCUGCGGCCCCAGGAGCUGGCUGUCCCGCUGCACCAAGAUCAGCCACGCGGGCGCGAGGCGCCAGCCCGGAAGAGAAGCCGGCCUGCGCCCCGACGCGGGGGAAGCGGAGCCCAGCGGGGAAGGGGCACACGGGACGGGGCCCCUCCAGGGGGAGCCCAGAGAACAGCCCCAGGCCCCAGCUCAGAGGGGCGGCCCCGAAGCUGUGGCCCCGGCACUGCCCUGUGUGGGGCCGGACUCCCCCGCGCUCCCUGGCCAUGUGUCCGCCCUGUCCCUGCCGUCCCCACUAGGGUCGCCCAGCCCAAGUGGCGCCAGGACGGUGGGUGCCACAGCAGGGAGUGCCGCGUUUGGCUCCUGGGAGGGGAGGGACGCGAGAGCCGCUGGGCCUGCAGGGCCGCUGCACGAGGGCGCGGGGCAGGUCCCUGAAGUCGCCAUGACAGUCUGCAGCUCAGAGGAUGAGGUGCCAGAGUCAGAGAGGGAGCCCCUCUUUGCCACCCAGAAGCAUUUCCCGGAGCAGAACGGGCCACAGUGCAUCCCCCCGCUCCACACGCCCGCGGUCCGGGCCGCUCGGCGAGCGCAGCCUGCCGUGGAGCCCCCGCGGAUCACUGUGCAGCGCCCGGUUGUCCACGAGAUGCCACCUGCUCCUGCCUGCCUGGGACACGCGCCACCCAGCAGAGACGUGCCUUCCCCGGAGCGCGGAGCGGAGAGCGCGGUUGAAAGUGCGCACGCGGGGGCGGGCAGGGCCCCGGCGGAGCUGGGCGGGCCUUCUGGGACCCCGGCGGGACCCCGGCCUUCUCCCACGCAGGGGGCCCCGGCAGGCCCGAGCCCUGCACCACCUCCAGGCGCUGCCGGGGCCGACGGCAGCUUCCCAGACGCGGCUGCGAUGCAGAAACCCGGCGGAAAGGGAAGCGGACGCGGCUUGGAGAGUCCGAAUAGUCCCAAGCAUUGCGAGGAUAUUUCGGUAGAGAACACGUCUGAGCCCCUUGAUGCGGGGCACCCAGGGCCAGAGCCGGGUGGAACCCCAAAGCCUGACGAUGGCCCCUCGUCACACAAUCCCACCACACGGAAAGGUCACCUCAGAAGAAACAGCUGCGGCCCCUCUGGGGGUCAGCAUGCGCCGUCCCUGGGCGGGAGCAGUCUGACGGGCGCCCCCACGUCGCCGGUGGCCCCGCCCGGGGGGCGCGUGGGGCCCGAGGCCUUUGCCGCGAGGGGCGCGGGCGGGCUGUGCACACAGGGGCCGCGCCAGGGGCCGCCGGCCAGGUCAGCCCAGCCCCUGCAGGUUGCCCAGGGAAACGCCAGCCGCGAUUUUGGCAAGAACGGGCUGUCAUCCUUCGAUGAACGACCCAAACCAAGUAUCGAAGUCCCCAGGGAGAUGACAGGUGCAGCGGGCGUGGCGGGUCACGCACCACCGUUGCCAGGGAGUGGCCGGCACCCUGAGCACCCCGGGGGCGAGGACGGGUGCGGAACACCAGCGACAGGUCCUCGUGCUGCCGAGGGGGGCGGCCUCGUGGGACAGUGUCUCCCUCAGGAACCCGACCCCCCCCACGUGUGGGCACCGGGUGCAGCUGCAGAAAGGAGUGUCCUCCAGGGCCCGGCGUCCACCGUGGGGCCCCCGGCCCCCCACCCACAGGGAGCCGCCCAUCCCUCCCCGGUGCCCUGUGCUACCCGAGAGCCGGCGGCCCGCGAGAGCAUCGCAGCGGCGGGAGGCAGAGACCGCGGAGCUGAGGCAGGAAGCCCUCCAGGUCUCGACGCGCAGCCCCCAGCUCCAGCCUCCACUUGCCACAGGCCCUGGGGAGCCAGCCCAGCGGGGCCCAGUCUCGGCCCGGGCGAGCUGCUGUCGCCUUCCGAGAACCCGCGGGCCGCACACAGAGAGGGCCUCGCGUCAGAAAAGCAGCCACCUUUGGGGGCAGAGCUCGCCCGCCCACCUCCCACGGCGCCAUCCACGGAGUCAGGGGCUGCACAGGCGGGGAGGGCCCAGGAGCGCAGCCCUCCUGACCCGUGUGCCCGCAGCGACCCUGAGGCCAAGAGCCCAGGGGGUGAAGGCCCCGUGCUCCUCUCCCAGGGCAGGCAAGAAAGUCAGCCCGCACAGGGGAGCACUGCCUCAGGGUGCGUGAGGUCACAGCAGACGCCGCAGCCAGGGGGUUCUGGAAGGAGCACAGUGCUCUUGGGUCCGAAGGUCGUGCAGAACUUGGCAAAACAGCCUCAGGCACAGCUACAGUCAGCCCAGGACCUGGCCACAGAGGUGGGCAGCCCCUGCCCCCACAGCCACAAAGGUCAGGCAGGUGCACCGGGGCCGUGGGCGGAGCAGGGGAGGAGCCCAGGUCAGGGACAGGACACCUGGGCUGCCAAGAACCCAGACACACCUCCAGGGAGCCCUGAGGGGCUGGGAAGCCUGGCUGCCCAGGGACAGGUCCAGGGACAGCCCCAGGGACAGCCCCAGGGACAGGUCCAGGGACAGCCCCAGAUACAGGUCCAGGGACAGCCCCAGAUACAGGUCCAGGGACAGGUCAAGGGACAGCCCCAGAUACAGGUCCAGGGACAGGUCAAGGGACAGCCCCAGAUACAGGUCCAGGGACAGGUCCAGGGACAGCCCCAGGGACAAGUCCAGGGACAGCCCCAGGGACAGGGACAGGUCCAGAGACAACCCCAGGGGCAGGUCCAGGGACAGGUCAAGGGACAGCCCCAGGGACAGGUCCAGGGACAGCCCCAGGGGCAGGUCCAGGGACAGCCCCAGGGACAGGUCAAGGGACAGCCCCAGAUACAGGUCCAGGGACAGGUCCAGGGACAGCCCCAGGGACAGCCCCAGGGACAGGGACAGGUCCAGGGACAGGUCCAGAGACAACCCCAGGGGCAGGUCCAGGGACAGGUCAAGGGACAGCCCCAGGGACAGGCCCCAGGACAGGUCCAGGGACAGCCCCAGGGGCAGGUCCAGGGACAGGUCAAGGGACAGCCCCAGGGACAGGCCCCAGGACAGGUCCAGGGACAGCCCCAGGGGCAGGUCCAGGGACAGGUCAAGGGACAGCCCCAGGGACAGGCCCCAGGACAGGUCAAGGGACAGCCCCAGGGACAGGUCCAAGGAUGGGUUCAAGGACAGGUCCAGAAACAGCCCCAGGGACGGGUCCAAGAACAGGUCCAGGGACAGGUCCAGAGACAACCCCAGGGGCAGGUCCAGGGACAGGUGAAGGGACAGCCCCAGGGACAGGCCCCAGGACAGGUCCAGGGACAGCCCCAGGGACGGGUCCAGAGACAGGCCUGGGCUAGCAGGACAGCACCCCCGGCCAGGGAGCAGCCCGUUGCCGGCGCAGCUGGAGGAGCACCUGCUGCUGGCGGGAGUAGGGGAUGGGGAACAGCUGCCCCCAGAGAGGGUGGCCAGGGGGACCCUGCUGCCCGGAGCCUGCCCCAAGGAAGCCAGCUCCCCGGGGGCAAGAGCAGCACGGCCCCUGCCCUGGAGCCCGCGAAUGGCUCCGCCAUGCCCGUGCCUGGAGCUGGGGGCUGCCAGAGCGCCCGGCCCGAGGGCCAAGAGGGGCUGCCCAGCAGGCCGGGGGCGCAGAGGGGCCCCCGGGGGGAGCUGGCCGUGCCGGAGCAGGAGCGGCGCAGAAAGCCAUCACCCCUGGCCAAGUACAGAGCCCAGAGCUUCAGCGACCAGAGGUCCUUCGAUUUGUCCUUCAGGCCAGCGAGCCUCAGAGCCAGUGACACCUUCGACCUCCCCAAGUGAGCCCGAGUCUGGCCGCCCGCGUUCCUGUCCCUGCGACACGGCUCGUCACCGGGCGUCAGGCGUUUCCUGCCUCCAAGUCUGGUUUGGCUGUGCCGUUUCAUCAUCUUCCUCCACUUUUACGUGACCUCGUCUUGGGGGACUCAAGUUACCUGGGGGACCUUCCCAUCUGCACCCACCGCCUCCUCGGAGCCAGGUGCUAGAGCUGUGGCGGGUCUGCCUGUGGCCCCGUGGUUUCCCGUGGCUCCUGUGUCCCCUGCACCUUUGCUUGGAGGCCACUGCCCGUGUGCAGAGGUCACGCCGCACCUCAGCGCUUUGGAGCUGCGCUCGUGCGUGCCCUGCAAGCUGGCGCUUUGAGGGCUUCCCGCCUCUUGCCAGCGUGGCCAGGCUGCCCGCCCCCGCCCACUCCCACAUGCCCACGGGGCACCGACCGCCCAUGGCCCACAGCCAGACCUGUGCCAUGCUCCCAACCUGGCCACUUGCUUAGUAUCCUGGACUCAUUUUUCCAAGCUGCGCCCCGCCCGUAGCUAUUUUAAAGCACACGCACCUGUCGCUGGGCCACGUCUUGGUGUGCGUGGGCACUCGCCACGGAGCACGCACCCCCCAGCCCACUCGGGGGUCUCUGAAAACAGGCGGGAGGCCGUCCGAUCGCGCCAUGGGCCCCCGAGCAGCUGGGCUCCCGGUGAGCAGACAGCACUGCCCCCGCCCCUUUCUGGCAUUGUCCCUCUCUGUGGAAAGUGUUUGCUGCCGUCCCAGGCGUGUCCUGAAGCACCUGAUCGUCCCUGGGACGGGCCCUGGCGCCUGUUUUCUGACUCGAACGGAACGUCUGCUCAGAGAAAGGCAUUUCAUAGCUCCAGCUCUAGCGAGAGUGUCUAUCCGUGGUGAGGCUGGGCCGGGGGUGUCUCAGCCACACACAGACGGGCACCGUCUCCUGGGGGGGCCUCCUGGGCUUGGCCACAGGGGCCUUGGUCUGGGGUAGCUCAGCCUCUACUGGGGACAUCCCUCCUCUCAAAGAGCAUGUGGGCUUCAGGGUGCAGCGGCCCCUGCCCCGGCGUCGCGGGGAGCCUGCACCUCGCGUUGAGGUUGACUUCCCCGAGCUGCCAAACCCAGGAGGCCCCUGAGACAGACGUGCAGGGGUUCCCCGCAGAGGACGGCCCUGCCCACACCGGGGCGUCCUCCCGGAGCUGUGCGCGGGGCUGGGGCUCCGGGGCCUGUGCCCCCCACACCUGCUGUGGCAGCAGCUCACUUACUACACCAUGCUCCACAAAGCACUUGAGGCCGUGUUUGGCAAAGAACGUGGCAGACCGAGGAGACAGAUAUUAACGCUGUGCACGGGGUGCUCCCCUUUAAAACAAGCAGCAGUAGGACUUUUGUUGCUAUUUCUAAGCAGACUAGAAGGUCCACUGGAGGAUGCAUCGAGUGGUGGUUUGCAAGUGAAGGAACCCUCAGAAUCUCCUCCAGCCGCAGUUCUAGAAAAGCCAGGCCCGAGCCACUCCCACCACCCCAGGUGAGCCCCGCGUGGCCACCGGCCCGUCCUCGCGGUUUGGCAAAGGUGGCCCACGCCGCUGCCCUGCUCAAUCACGCUGGAGCAGCUCUGUGCGCAGGAAGAGCUUGUGGGCCACUUCUCGGGGACUCGCAGCCCAGCGCAGGUGCGCGUGAGCCGAGACCGCGGACGGCGGAGGGAGCGGUGAUGUGUUCACCCUGCAAGUGUGACCGUCACCUCCACAGAACAGCCGCCCAGGGGAGCGGGGGCCCCGACAGACAGGCAUUGCAGAUGAGCCCAGAGUGAAAGUGAGUGAAAGGAAGCAGGGCUUGCCCUUCGCUUCAGCCGCGUCUCUGACUGUGUGUUCCGGAAGCUCCUUGACUCCACCUCCCCGCCGGCGUCCGGCUGCUGCUGUGAUGGGCACGUCUGCGGCACGGAAAGGCGGGUCCCCCCUCCCCACAGGUUCUGCGGUGGCCUCGCGGGGCUGGAAUGCCAUUGCUCAGAAUUCUGCAAAUCCAACCUCACUUUCGUAUUUUUUAAUGAGGUGUCCUUGCCACUGAGCUGUGAUCGCGUAGUCACGCCUUAGGCCGCAGCUGUUACAUUUUUGCUGUUUGUAUUCCUGUACAUACACGGCUCUAAAGCGGACUAGUCAGAAAAAAGUACUAAAUGUGUUUUGUAUUCUCUCCUUUGUAUUUUUACUAACUUCACUCCGCUGGAAAUAACUUCAAAAAGGAAAUAAAAUACAUUUCCCGUCA